CUGCCCUGGCAGGGCCUGGCUCCGCGGCCAUGUGACCCCGCGGCCUGGCCGGGCGCGACGGGACGCGCUGGGACCGGCGUCGGGGGUCGCGGGCGCGGCCCGGGGCGGGGGCGGGGGCGGCAUGGAGCGGAGGUGGGUCUUCGUACUGCUCGACGUGCUGUGCGUGCUGGUCGCCUCUCUGCCUUUUGCCAUCCUGACGCUUGUGAACGCCCCAUAUAAGCGAGGGUUCUACUGUGGAGAUGACUCCAUCCGAUACCCCUACCGUCCAGACACCAUCACACAUGGGCUCAUGGCUGGGGUCACCAUCACGGCCACCAUCAUCCUUGUCUCAGCUGGGGAGGCCUACCUGGUGUACACAGACCGCCUCUAUUCCCGCUCCGACUUCAACAACUAUGUGGCCGCCGUCUACAAGGUGCUGGGCACCUUCCUGUUUGGGGCUGCAGUGAGUCAGUCGCUGACAGACCUGGCCAAGUACAUGAUCGGCCGCCUGCGGCCCAACUUCCUGGCGGUGUGUGACCCUGAUUGGAGUCGCGUCAACUGCUCCAUCUACGUGCAGGUGGAGAGGGUGUGCAGGGGAAACCCCGCCAACGUCACUGAGUCCAGGCUGUCUUUCUAUUCCGGACACUCCUCCUUCGGGAUGUACUGCAUGAUGUUCUUGGCGCUCUACGUGCAGGCGCGGCUCUGCUGGAAGUGGGCGAGGCUCCUGCGGCCCACAGUGCAGUUCUUCCUGCUGGCCUUUGCACUCUACGUUGGCUACACCCGUGUGUCUGACCACAAGCACCACUGGAGCGAUGUCCUCGUUGGCCUCCUGCAGGGGGCGCUCGUGGCCAUCCUCACCGUUUGCUGCAUCUCCGACUUCUUCAAGUUCCGGCCUCCACAGCGCUGCCUGGAGGAGGAGGAGCUGGGACGGAAGCCCAGCCUGGCACUGACGCUGACCCUGGGUGAGGCUGACCGCAACCACUGUGGGUACCCGGUCUCCUCCUCCUGAGGCAGGGCCCCGGGCUCUGGGUCCAGCUAGAAGCUGUUUUAUUCCAUACCCCUCUCAGGGUGUUCCGGUCAGGCCUCAGCAUGAUGACAUAGCCUGGGGGCAAAGACGCAGCCUUGCAGCCCCUUGCUGGAGACGGUCUCCCCAGCCACCACGACUUUACUCUCGGUGCUGCGGCAGGUGGGGAGGAGGGAGCCCGGAUGCCGCAGAACGCCAGCAUGCUGGACAUCAGGAACUCGGCUUCAUCACCGUGAAGCUGCUCGGGGCUGGGGAGCCUGGGCAUUCUGGGACGCAGUAGAAGGCAGUGACUGAGCCCUGGCUGCAUGUGAGGAGGAUGUACCCAGGCUCGGGGGGUGUGUCUGUGUCAGUGAAGGGGGCGAGGUUCCCAGCCAGACCUCAGAGGGAGCCGGGAAUCUGGGAGCAGAUGGGAAUGACGGAGUUAGGUGCCCCUGUUAGCACCCAUGGCCGCACUCUUCCCUGGUGCGAUGACCUUGAAGGCCAAGACCACAGUGAUGCUUUGGACCAAAAGAGUGGAAACAGCCAUGGUAGAAACCACUCUGAAUGCAGUUUGACAGCCAAUGAGGUGUAAGGAGCAGGAAAGCAGAAGGUGAAGGAGGUGAGCAAGACAGAGCUGAGGGUUCGGUGGUUGGCCUUGACCAGGAGAGGGCUCGGUGCUCCACGGAGACCAUAGGACCACAGCCGUGAGGCCAGACAAACAGAGCUGUGCUAGCCAGACCCCUCUCCAGAGUCCUCAAAAGGCAUAAAGGUCACAGCCUCUGGUCACAGUAAGCUUCCUGCUUACCGUUUGAGUCACAAUCGUCUGGACACUUGGCACGCUUGUCUGCAUUGGUGAGAAAGCGGAGGUGAACUUUCUGGGUUCAGUGGUUCUUACCGAUUAGGAAAAGUUGGGACAUUUUGGUACACCAGGCAGAGAUGCCGGGAAGCUCUCAUGUACGGCUAUCCUCCUUACAGUUUCACGGAGAAAACAGUAGGUCUUUGUUUUCCUCUUUUUCCAAAGGGGAUUUUUCUGUCGAUUCUCCUUGGAAACUCCUAGAUUCUUAGCCAUGGAAAUAUCAUUUCUCAUGGCCUCUUCUCAAUGCCCAACAUUUCCCCUACUUUCUGAUGUUUUUUGAAAAACCCUUCCUAACUGACCAUUGGAUGAAAAGCAGGAAUUUGUUUUUGAGUUUUUUAGGUGUAAAAUGCUAGUGUGGUUUUGUGGGAAAUCCUGCUUCCUUUGGUAUAGGUGCAUACUGAAGUAAUGAGGAGUGAGGUUAUGUGAUGUCUAUAACCUACAAUCUUUCAUGAUGCAAAAAUGUGAAGCAAAUGUGGCAAAAUUAUAAUACUUGUAAAGUC